AUGGCCAUGCAGCCGGGGCUGUGCUAUUCGGCAGUGGAUUCACGGCAGGUGGUGGCCGCCCGAGAGGUGGAUCAGAGAAGCUGGCAGAGGAUGGGCGCUAUAGAGAAACCCCAAAACCUAGGGGGUUAUGGGCAAAUUAGCCCUUGUCUUCUACCUACUGGACAAGCGGAGAGCUGCACUGGCAGCGCUCGGCCGUCGAUCCCGGCCGCGAUGCGCGCCGCCGCUGGCCGCCCACGAGGCGAGGAUAAGGCCGACGAAGCCCUCCCCCUCGUCCCUAUCUUCCCCUCUCUCGCGCGCCCCUCUCUCGAGCUCGCUCGCGCUCGCGACCAAACCACUGGCCGCCGGCGAUCACCGCUCGCACCGCCACUACCGGCCACCCCGCGCCCAUCCGAGCAUGCCAAGAGCUCCGCAUCGCCGCCGAGCAACCUCCCCGUCGAAGGAAUCGUCUGGGGAGCGCUCGAAUCACCGCCGCCGAGUCCGUCUUCCUCGCGACCGGCGAAGCUCCCGGCGACCGCCGACUCGCCAUGCGGCCUCCUCCGACCCCGCUGCUUAGCCCUUCACGCUCCUGGUGAGCAGGGCUUCCUCCUGAGCCCCUCCUCUUCCUCCCUCCCCCUCUCUGUCGCCGCCGCGCACCCAUGCCCGGCCGCGCGGCUGCUGCCGCCGGCACGGCCGCUCAGACGACCUUUUCCGGGCGGCGCCGGCACCAUUGGAACCGCCGCGCCAGGCGCGCGUCCUAACGCGCCUGGUCGCCCGACCAGGGCGCCCCGUAGCCGCCGCGCCGCUCAUCCCUGGCGCCGGUCCGCCGUGGUGGGGCCCUUCGUCAGAGAUUAA